GAUCAGGAGCAAAGAGAGAAGAAGAAAAAAGGACUUGUGUAUAGCUCUGCUGCAACUGGUGGUUAACCUUUUUAAUAGGUGACCCCUAUAAGUGCUGGUACCCCCUUUUUUCUGGCAGUGUGUCUACAAAGAGAAGUGUGUAUGCAUGUGUCUGGCCAUGUCAUAUCCUCAGGGCUACUUAUAUCAACCAUCAGCUUCUCUUGCACUGUACUCCUGCCCUGCUUAUAGUGCAAGUGUGAUAACUGGACAUAGGACUGAUGAACUGGGACGUUCCUCUUCAGGUUCAGCGUUUUCUCCCUAUGCCGGAUCUACAGCAUUCUCAGCUCCUUCUGCUACUGGGUUCAACUCUCACCUUCAAUACAGCGGGGAUCCAGCAGCAGCUUUCACUUCCUAUGUGGCAUCUCCAUAUGACCACAGCACUGGCAUGCCUGGAUCUCUGGGGUAUCAUCCCUACGCUGCUCCUCUAGGAUCAUAUCCCUAUGGUGACCCUGCCUAUAGAAAGAAUGCUACACGCGAUGCUACAGCCACUUUAAAGGCCUGGCUGAAUGAGCACAGGAAAAAUCCUUAUCCCACCAAGGGUGAAAAGAUCAUGCUGGCCAUCAUCACCAAGAUGACCCUCACUCAAGUGUCUACCUGGUUUGCCAAUGCCAGAAGGAGACUUAAAAAAGAGAAUAAAAUGACCUGGACUCCUAGGAACAGGAGUGAGGAUGAGGAGGAAGAGGAAAACAUCGACCUAGAGAAAAAUGAUGAAGAUGAACCUCAGAAGUUAGAUGACAAGGGAGAAACUGAAGAUGACCCAGUUGAGCAGAAAAGAUGUCCGAGCGUGGCUGAAUCUGACCGCUUGGAAUGUGAGAACUUGCAGGUUAAAGAGUUGGACCCUAUCAGGAGUGACUCCGAAUUAAAUGACCUGGAAGAUAGAAGUGAUUCUGUCUCCAAGGGAUCUUCUUCUUCCUCUCCACUGCUGUGCCAAUCAGCCCAAACCCAGCAGACAUCAGAGGAUCCAGCCUCACACCAUCACCACCAUCAUCUUCAUCUUCUGCACCAACAACAAGUCCAUCAUCUUCAUCAUCAACACCACCAAACUCACCCCAUCGAUCUUGCCCACAGGAAUACACCAAUACAACAUGGCACUGCCACUAGCAAUGCCACCUCAGUUAUCCAUUCUCCACCUGCUUUAACUACCAAACCUAAAUUAUGGUCCUUAGCUGAAAUAGCCACCUCUUCGGACAAGGGUAAAGACAGCAAUGAGACUCUUCCUGGGCCAGGAUCAACCCAGGUUCAAUCCAUGGUUGGCAGCACUCCCCCUCCACCUAGAUCUCCUUCAACCCCUUGCCACUUUCCAAGUAACGCUGUCUUAUCGCGCCCCCUUUAUUACAGUUCCCCAUUUUACCCAGGCUACACGAACUAUGGCAAUUUUGGACACCUUCACACACAUCAUGGACCCAGCACUACUACCCCAACAACCAACAGUGCCCCACAUUUCAAUGGAAUUAAUCAGACUGUGCUCAACAGAGCAGAAACGUUGGCUAAAGAGGGCAAAGUUAGGACCCCAGCUGAUGUUCACCUAAACAAAGACUCUCCCUAUGAAAUGAAGAAAGGUAUGUCUGCCAUUUAAUACUGGCUAGAAGCAUUGGACUAUAUAUUUAUUUAUUAAACAUAAAGUCUUGAAAAUGCAUUCAUCACCAAGAAAAUUAAUUAUUACAGAAAAGAAAAAAGGCCUAUAUAAAAAAAUACCUUUUUCAUACUUUUUGACUUUUCUAAAAGAAAACAAAUGUCUUAAACCAACUGCAACAAAAUUCAAGAUUCGUUAUAAUCAAAUUCUGUAAAUUUUUAAUGUAGCAAUUUUGUAUUUAAAUGGAUCAUCAAUAUCUUUGAAGUAAAUUAUGGAAUCGAGACGCUUGUACAUUGAUUAAUGCUCUUUGAGGGUAAUAUAAAUAUAUUCAUAUUAUUGUUUUUGCUUUGUUUGUUUUUCUGAGUUGUUUAGUCAAAAAAAUACAAGUAUUUAAUUUUUUAUAAGUCUCUUAUUUCUUUGUGAACUUCUAAUAUCAGGAAAUCCCCAUCAAUUGAGAGAAAGGAUCCUUAUUCCUCUUUGUAAAUUGUAAAUAUGUAAUUAAAAGAGAUUUUAACAGAAAAUAAAAUAAAAAAAACACUCUUA